UCUUCGCACACGGCCCCUUCCCCCUCGAAUUUGAUCCUGAUCACCACUGGCCCAAAGGAAUUGUUCAACUGGGCAAAUUCUCCUCCAACCUUUCCAUCAACUACUCUGAGAUCCUUGUGCCACUCCCUGCGCAAAAAACCAUGGCUAGCCUAAAUCCCUCCCCAACUUCCUGGUGGAAACCCGCCGCCCUACCCCUCUUCACCGGCCUCCUUGCCCUCCUCGGCGCCGCAGACGGUUGCCUCAACCUCGCCAAGCCCGAAGGCGGGGCGGCGACUUUCGGCCUGGUGCCCCCGCCGCGGGACACCGUCACUCCGGCACAGUUCGACGCCUUCCACCACGCCCUCGUCAAGGUCAAGGGCGCCCGCAACCUGCACAUGUCGUCGUGGAUCCUGGGCUUGGUGCUCUACGGCCAGUUUUCCGACGUCUGCCGCGCGUCACCACUGGCGGCCACAGCGGUGCGGCGGUGCUUGGGGAUCGUGCUGAUGCUGGGCUCCGGCGUGGGCUUCAGCGGCGCGGCGGUCGUGUCCGAGUACAUGGGGAGUUCUGGUGCCUCAAACGAGGCAGUCGCGGUUGGUAGAGCCAAGGUGAAGGGCCAUUUGAUUGCCAACGUGCCCAUCUUGGCGUUGGGGUUGAUGUACUUGUUCUAUUGACUGCUUGACGUUUGCGAACAUUAUCGGUGAUUGAAUGUGCAUUAAUUACGACACUUUACCCCUCGAUCCUGUUUUUUCAUCACUGUUAGAACAUACGUAAUAGCCUUAGCACGGCGUCAAAAUCGAACUUCUCAACUCGGCCUUGCCAUAUCCAACAAUUCAAGUGCGGUCUACUACCAACUUCUUUGAGGUAGUCAGUCCUUCGGUACUCAGUGUUUUGCCAGAUCGACCUGAUCAUGGCCUUCAAAGCGACCCGAGAACGCCGAGUAUGCAGUAUUUGGAACGGAGCGAUACACAGAGCAAAAAAGGGGUGUCAAAUCUUGAGUGAUACCAUGGCAACAUGACACAUUUGAGGGUUUCUGUUACGAAAGAGGUAUAGCAGUGGAUAUCUAAGGGGUAGAGAUGAGGAGUAGACAGGGGUAUGGG